UUUUUUUUUAUUUUUUUCCUUAAUACGGAGUUUGAAAGAGAAAGCUAAAUGACUCCAACUAAAGAGGAUAUUUGGUUUUCUGGUCCUGUUCAAGAUGCUAUUUCUCUAGUAAAUGAACGAAAUUGUGUAUUUCUUGUGUACAUUUAUGAUGACUCUGAAAAGACAAAUGCUUUAAACAAUACUCUUAAAGAUGAAAAAGUCAUUGAAGAAAUUAGAAAUAAAACGGUUGCCCUUGCAAUGGAAAAAGAUUCAGAAAAUGUGUCAUUAUUCAGUCAAUUUUAUCCUGUAAAAGCUAUACCUAUACUUUAUUUUAUUCAACAAGGAACAAUAAAAGAUUUUGGGACUGAAACGAUAACAAGUGAGGAAAUUAUAAAAAAGAUUGACUUUAUUAUGAGUAACAAAUCAAACGAAGAUAAAAAAGCAGAAUUGCAAAGACAAUUGGAAAAGGUACGAAAAGAGCGUGCUGAAAGAGAACAAAGAGAGGCAAAAGAAAAAGAAAUAAAACGUCGACAAGAAGCCAAGAUGAUGCAAGAAGCGAAACAAUUACAACAGGAUAAAGAAACUCAAAUUUACUUGGCAAAAUUAAAGAAAGAACGUCAAGAAGAGGAAGCACAUCGAAAGAAAGUACGAGAGCAAAUUGCUAGAGAUCGUGCAGAGAAAAUGGCUAAAAGAAACAUAGAAAGGCAACAACAUCAGAAUUCAUUUCCAUUUGAUAGCAAUAACGCAGAAAAAGUCAUCAAUAAUCGUAAUCGUCUUUCCUCAUCGCACAGUAACUUGAGCAUUCGUCAAUUAGACGGUUCAAAUAUCCGUCAUCAAUUUGAAGAGAAUGGCCAUUUAUUAUUUCUUCUAGCUACAGCAACAUUGCUAAGCGUUAAGGAGUGGAUAGACACUUAUCGUACAGAUGAACCCAAAAGGCCUUAUAAACUCUCUUCUCAAUUCCCAACUCGCUUAUUUACUGAAGAAGAUCAUGAUACAACCUUAAAAGAAUUAAAUCUUUGUCCUAGUGCAACCAUCAUAAUGAAACCAAUGAAAGCCGCUACUAACUCCUCUUCAUUCUUUAGUUCAAUCCAUAGUCAUGGUAUAUCAUCAAACAAUCAUGACCAGCAAAAUAUACUUGUUCGUUCUACUUUUUAUGUUCUUGAUUUUAUGUAUGGUAUUUUAAUGGCUCUUUGGAGCAUGCUCUUAGCCAUUUGGGACACGCUUUCCCCUAAGAACAGAUUAACUCGUCAAGAAAAUGUGCCUUCCCAACAACAAGCAACGAGAAGUUCGUUUGGUCAUUUAAGAGGUGGCCAACGAUUAGGUGGUGAAUCUUCCGUUAUUGGAGAAUCAUCAUCUGCUAAUACAAGAAGAGAGUAUCUUAAUGAAUCCUCUCAAAGACAUCGUAAUAACCCUUAUGGCACGCGCAUCAAUACUCUUCAAGAAGGAGAACAAGAUAAAGACGAUGACAAGAAACGAACAACAUAUAAUGGUAAUUCUAUUAAUCAAGAAUAAAUAUAGCAGUACAAACAUUGUCUAUAUACUUUUAUAUAAAAGCUUUGUUGUAUAAUCACUAUCGUUUUAUCUAUCAUCAUAGUAAAUCUCCCCUUUUUUUCUCUCCUCUCUCAAAAUAAUAAGAUUAGAUAAAAGAAACUUCUCUAUAAAAUAUAUCCAUUCUAAGGC